UGUUACUUGCGUAUAUAUGUAAUACGCGCGAUAUAAUGUUAUAUCGUUUUGUAAGUCAUUUUAAAAACGAAGUCAAAGUGAUUCCGAUUAAUUUCAAUAUCGCGAGUGCUUAAUUUUUUUCAAGACAUAAGUGUCAUGUCUCAAUCGAAUUCGACGAUUGUUGAACGGAGCGGGUCUGAGUUACGCGUACAUUACAUCUGAUGCAGAAUAUUGGUGUAAACUGUUUCUCUUGUUUAGGAAGCAAGUUAAAGCAGAUGUUCCAGGAACAUGCGUUAAUUGUUGAAACGUGAAUCGUACCAAUUACAUUAUACUGGUUAUACAUUGAAAGCCACAUUUCAAUCAUGGAGGUUAUCGAUAUCAAUUAAUGUUAAUGGAAUUAUAUAUACGACUAAUGAAAAUUGGAUAGAGUUGAUAAAUUUAUUUAGUGAAAACACGAGUUGGAAACACAUUGUGGUAUCAUGGAGAAAUUUAUGAUCGACUUAGACAAAGUCCUUAAUGACUUCGAAUUCAACGAAGAUUGCGCAGAGCAAAUAGCGUCAGUCGCAACUUCUACGAUCAAAGCUUUAGCUGUGGAGAAGCAUACUAAUGAAUCUGUGGUUCCGAAAAUAUGUAACUUUAAUUCUGAGAAAGGCGUAACAACUGAUGUAGUACCGUCUCUUGAAGACUGUAGAGAUACUCAACCAACAGACAUUGACUCCAAAUAUUCAUUAACUGAAAAGGAAAUAGUGUUUAUAUCGGAGAGUAGAGAAUCCGUAAAUAAUUUCUAUACACAUGAUCGUAUCAAUGAUACUUCAAUUGGACAGAAAUCAUGUGUUCAUACUUAUACUGAUUUUGAUGAAGUAUCUUCAACGAUGUAUAAUACAUCACAAAACUUAAUGCAGGAACAACAAAAUGCAAGUAGUGAUUCGAAAGAUGGUGAUAGAUAUGACAAAAAAUUAAAUCAACCAAAUUUCAAGCCUAGCAUCAGCAAUGUGUUUAAUAGUUUGAACGAAUAUAUUAAUGCUCCUACUGGAAGUUUAAAUUAUGUUGAGCCUAUAUUAGACAAAGACGAUUUACUUGAAAGAUCGACAGAUGACGUAGUGGAGAAAGAUUUUAAAUCGAACAGAGAUGUAGCCAUUAAUGAACUUUCUUCAGUUUCAACGGAGAAAGGAAUAAUUAAUGUAAUUGACAAAAAUAUUUUGGACCAUAAAAAUAUUUUACCGGUGGAAUUAAGUAAGUUCGUCAAAGUUGAAAUUAAUAACAAACAGGAUAAUAUUAUGUUUCAUCAUCCUAUUUCAAUACAGUCUGAAGAAAAUAAUUCUAUAAUUUCUGUACCAAACACGGCCAUCUCGAAUCAUAAUGAUGCGGAAUUGUCUAGUAACAAAGGUGAUGUAGAUAAAAAGGUCAUAGCUAAUGAUACAUUUAAAGAAAAUUCUGAUAGUAUUAUUAGCAAACGAAAGCAGUUAGACUUGGAUAGGCGAAAUUCCAUCGACAAAUAUACAUUUGUUGAAAAUAAAGAAAGCAUAGUGGAGACUAAAAAGUUGGAUAAAAAUAUAACAAGCAGCGAAAUUCAAGAUAAUGAUAUAGAAACAACUAAAAGUGAUAUCUUCUCUAAUGUACGUAUGGUACGUACAAUUGAUAUCAGCGACGACUUUUCUGAAGAAGAAUUAAAUCAGUAUUUAUUAGAGUUAGAGAAAGAAGAAAGAUCUAAGACGGACAAUAUAUCACUUUCGGAUAAUACCUGGUUGUCACAAUCAUAUGAAUUGAGAAGAGAUAGAGAAAAGAAUGUCAGUCAUUGUCAACGAGAUAACGAAGAUGUUAAUGAAGCGCCGAUAUUCGAGAAAAUUAUGAUAGGCGAACUUCCAAAAAUAUCACAGGAGGAAUUUCACAAGACGAAAAAAUUUCCUAUAAUUGAUUAUAACACGAAUAUAUGUAAUGAAAAUAUAGUCGACGUAAAAUGUAAUAAUACAGUAAAAUUUGAUUUAAAAAAUAAUCAACUAAAAUAUACAAAAAGUAAUGAGCUAGAUAAGACGACAAAAGAUAACCAUGUAACUGAAAUAAUCGGUCAAGAUGUAGCAAUACAAGAGAGUACCUUACAACCUACAUAUAUCGCUGUUCAAGAGAAAAUUUCAUCGAAAUUUGAAAAUAUUGGAGAACAGUUGUGUAGUAAUAAUAUGGUACAGAAAUUACAACAAGGUUCUAACAGAGACAUUCUAUCACAAGAUUACAACAGCGAUACUUUAUUAAAUUUAUCAGAAAACAAAGGUCGUGAAAAGAAAGUAUACUGUCAAGAUAUUACUGAGAAUAAUAAAGAUGUUUUUGUGGUACAUGAGACCAGCGUACAUGACAAUGAGAACAUAUCCAAGAUGGAAACUGUAUCUAAAAUUAGUGAUACUCAUACAAGAGGAAAUGAUCAAGAAUCCGAAAAACCAAUCCGUCCUCAGACAUUAGAUAUUGUAUUGACGCAUGAUAAAAAUGAUUCCCAUACAUUCGAAUCUUCAAGUACUGCACCAGGGAUACCAGAACACUCAGAAAUUGGUGUUGUUGAUGAAGAUCACGGUGCUUCGUCGGAUGUUUCUGAUAAUUCUUUAGUCGAAUGUAAUACAGUAUUGGGAAAACAGCCUCCAUUUUGGGUUCCAGAUAGUGAUGCACCUAGUUGUAUGUUGUGCGAUGUUAAAUUUACUGUACUUAAAAGACGUCAUCAUUGUCGUGCUUGCGGUAAAGUACUAUGUAACAAAUGUUGCAAUAUGAAAUACAAAUUAGAGUACCAGGGAAAUAUUGAUUCCCGUGUUUGCGUCUCGUGUUUUCAUCUACUCACAAAAGGUAAGGAGAAAUAA